AUGGUCGUCAAGAUUCGGUUUGCGCGAUUUGGUCGGCGCCAUUCGCCAUUUUACAAUAUCGUUGUUGCACAAGCGAGAACUGCACGAGACUCCAAGCCCCUCGAAGUCGUCGGAACCUACAACCCUCUACCACAAAAACCGACCAACCUCUCCGAGGAAGAAGCAAAAGUCGCAAAGGCAUUCAAGGAGAUCUCAAUUGAUCGAUCACGAGUCAAGUACUGGCUGGGUGUUGGCGCGCAGCCCACUGAUUCCGUGUGGCGGUUGCUGAGUAUGGUCGGAUUAAUUGAACCCAAGCCGAACAAGUUCGCAACCCAGAAGAACUGA